AGUGGAUUAGUGGUUAUAGCUUGACUAUUGAUAAAUGGCAGCCAAACGAACCAAGCGGAGACAGCCAUGGAUAUUGCGUUAUUAUGGCGAAAAACUGGCCACCGGGAACUCAUGGACUAUUCAACGAUCUUAACUGUAAUAUUUACAGAAUGUUUAUAUGCGAAUACAAAAACGAAGUCAACCAUACGCAAGGUGUUUUAAAAUUCUGUCCAACUGUAACAACAACCCAACGACCUACUGUGACCCCCUCUCGUCGCACCAACAUCAAAACUACYAUGUCUAAUGAGUUGACCUCGCUAUCUAUGUCACACGCUGAUCCACCGGCCACUCCUGAGCCCUUAACGGAAUGGACUUUAAGAAAUGCAUCAAUACUUUCACCAGAUCCUCAGGCUUUAGGAACAUCCUCUCCUGCAAAUGCACCCGAAGGUUUUCCUACCAUGUUGGUGGCCAUUGUUCUUGGCAUUCUCUUGGCUGUUGGAAUUUGCAUGUUUUUUGUYGUUUUCUGGUGGAUGAAACGAAAGUCAGGAGAGUCGAAAUCCGAGAAAAAACCCUGGCAAUCAUAUGCAGUAUCUACGCCUAUGGCUGAAAAUAGAGCUUACCUAACAAACCAGAGGAACAAUACCCCAGGUCAAGCAGUAGGGACUGAAGAUAUGCAGCUAUAUGCAGAACCAGAUGUUUUGUACGCCGAGAUAGCUGAUGACUACUACCUACAACCUUGUGAUUCYUUUGAUUCUCCAGCGCCGUCGUCCACACAUUCUGAGGUGGAAUAUGCUAAUUCACCGAGUCCAUCGACUCYACCGACAGGAUACGCAGACUUGGUACAAAACCCAGUCUAUGAAAACCAUAUGYCAUAUCAACCUCUUAAUAAAUACCCAGGAGAAAUAGAAGAAGACGAAAUUGCUGUUUGAACAACACUACAGAGCAAUAGUACAAGUGAGAAUUGCCAAGUAUAGGAGCUCCAUAGAUAAAAAGGGUAUUCCGGCCUUUUUAUGUAUGCUUUAAAUGUGAACCAGCGGAACCAGUGGAUUCAAGAAUUGUUCUUAAAACAGGAAUGUUUCCUUGAGAACAAAAUAUAAAAUUACAGACUUCUCUUAUAUAUGAGAUUGCACUUGAAGUACAUGCCAUAUCUGGCAUCUUAACAAAUGCCCAGAAGAGGUGGAAGAAGACUAAACGCAAUGCUAUAUGACCCAGUAGAGUUACCAAAUACAGCUUCAUUAACUAUGGUUGCUCUAUGUAAAAAAGAUUAUAUUAGGCUGCAAUUGUAGGACUUUUGCGCUUUCUAUGASUCAUGAUGAUGAUGAUGAUUAAGUAYAUAGUAGUUCCAUAGAUAAAAGAAAUUAUAUGAGACUUCACUUGUGUAGGCCUCAUACGCCUCCUAUGAGUCAUGAUGAUGAUGAUGAUGAUGAGGUAUAGUGGCUCUAUAGAAAAAAAGAGAUUAUAUAAGACUGCACUUGUAGUGUUGAUUAAGCGCACGCGCGAGACUAACAUAGAAGAGGUUAUCAGUUGCAUGAUGCUUCUUUAACUACGUUUUCUCUAGGAAGUGGCGCGUUUUGCAUGYUCAUAGAACUACAUGUAUAGUAAGCGCAAAUUUGGGGUUUAUAUGAAUGCAAAUCAUUCCACACUCUUUUAAUUUUGCGAAGAUACAUCACAGGCAAUGCAAUCGAACAAGUAAACAAUGCCGGACAGGGUGCCUGCCGGACACCAAGGUAAUAUUUUAACUGUGUCUAUCAAGCAUGUCUGUGGACAUGUGUAGCUUAUACAUAGUGGACAUGUGUAGCUAUACAUAGUGGACA